CACACACACACACACACACACACUCUCUCUCACUCUCUCGGUGAAACAAACUGUUGUCACAACGGCUGAAAACUGGCUGUGCGACUCGGCGCAACACUUCCGCGUUACACACCUGCAGCAGGUAGGGCUCGGCCUCAGAACUGGAUGCACCUGCAGCGCAGAGCGCGAGACCAGAGCCGACCGUCUCCACCUCGAAGAAAGCUCAGGAGUUCUUUUCUAGUCUAAAGUGCUGAAAAGCGGCUUGUCUGGCCUGGAAAAGGGCAGUCAUGAGUGAGGAUUAUGGACUUUGUGAAUUGGCCGUGGUGUCGUUACGGGACAACGAGCAUGAACCGGAUUAUGGAAUUCAGCUCACUCAAGAUGGACACACAAACACCAUGGACUUGAGCUCAAAACCCACUGUCGAGAGCACAUUUCGUAGCACGAAUGGCACAGCGAAUAUGGGGUCUAACGUAGAAGCGUCCAGUACGGGUGAGCUGACUGUGUGCCCGGCGCAUGAGCUAGAGGUGGACCGGUACUGUAGGACGGAAGGGAGACCGGUGUGCCAGAAGUGCGUUAGCCAAGGAGCUUGUCGAAAUCAUACAGUGAUACAGCUGCGUUUACGAGCGACUGCUGUAAGGAAUCAGCUGGUGGACAUCUGUGAGAAAAUGCAGCUGCAAGCCCUACAGAUAGAGCGCUUCAUAAACAACACGCUGACUGCAAAAGAGAAGGCCUUGCAGGUGGACGCGAGUAGUGCCCGUGAGCGAGUCGUGGCUCAGGUGAACGCCGUGCGUGAAGCUCUGGAUGAAGAGGAGCAGCGUCUUCUGGAGGCUGUACAGAGGGAGGAAGAGCGAAUCGAGCAGUGUCUCCUCACACAGCGGGCACACUGGUCCAAGUCACUGAACACCCUCACACAUGCCCGCACCAGCCUGGUGCACAAGCUCACACACGCGACAGACACCAUAAUUGUGAGUUCAAACUCAGAAAUAUCAGACAGGAUUGAGGAGGCAGAAGGUGUUGGGGAGCCCAAAGACUCAGAGCACCUGAACCUGAAUAGGGACUGCGGUGACAGUAAACUCAUGCUGGGCAUGUGGGCUAGUGCGCUGCUGCUAGGACCGACCGCUACAGCUCGGAUGUACUUUGAUGAACGCACCGUCAGCCAUCUCCUUCUGCUCUCCUCUGACCAGCUCACCCUCACUUACCGCCCGAAACGCCAGAAGAAGGGUCUUCCAUAUGACCCGGCGCGUUUUGACAACUGGCCCAAUGCCCUCUGCCUCGAUCCCAUCAGUUCGGGCACGCAUGCCUGGGUGCUGUACGUGGGUGACAGCGCCGCCUUUAAAGUGGGCGUCUGCUACCGCAGCAUGGAGCGCAAAGGCUCGACAAACGAAUCCCGUCUAGGCUUCAAUGCCAAAUCCUGGGUGCUCUCGCACUAUGAAGGAAACUUUUCCUACUGCCACAACGCGCAGGUCGUCAACGUGGUCGUAGUGAAGAGUCCCAAGAAAGUGGGCGUGCUGCUGGACUGGACCACACAAACACUGCUGUUCUACGAUCCAGACUCAAAGUGUGUGUUGCACGCUGUAAGACACACUUUUACCGAACCACUGCUGCCUGCUUGUGCUGUGGCUGAUCAAAGAGUGUCUAUUGUGCACAGCUAAUAUGUAUGUAAUUCCUGUUUACUGAUUCCUGUCAGAAAUUUUAUAUGAAGACAAACAUUACCUGGUUCUGCCAUCACCAGGGUCUCUCUCUGCAGUGCAAGUGUGGCAGUGCUGGUGUGUAAAAAUAUUUAAAGGAUGAGAUUUGAAUAUGUAGCAUUAGUACAUAGAAAUAGAAACAGAAAUAUAUUCAAACAAAACUUGUGUGAGUGACUGGGAUAAAGACUAAAGGAGAAUUUGGUGUAACUUUCGAAGGUAUUAAAAUGUCUAAAAAAUCUUACAUAUGUUCUAAUUGGGUAUGAAGUAUAUUGUGCCAGUGUAAUAUUUCAACGGAAAUAUUUUGGAUAUUUUUUGGAAACAGUUACUUUGAAGAAUUGUCUGUAUUAGUACAGAUUUGAAUAAAUAGUUCUCAGUCAUGAUAAUUAUGUAAUUAUAUAUAUAUAUAAAAAAACAACUUAUGAAACGAUUGAGAUGUAUCAGUUUUGGGAAAUUUACCAAAGUGACCCAAAAUGAAGCGAUAAAAUAUUUGUGCCUGAUGUCGUUUAUGUUUGUUCUUGAUUUUAACAUAAAGCUGGUCAAAAAGUGUAAAAUGCACAAUUUUUUCCUAUUUAUUGCCUUAUUUGAAUGUAGACAGGUAAUGAUUGUAGUCUUCUGUAUUGUUUUAACAAACAUAAAUGAAUUGAUUGUAUUAUUUGCUGAAUUUUGUUGCUGGUAUGUGGACAUUUUUAUGAUAUGAUACAGUAUAUAUCUUAAGAUAUAUUUUUAUUGCAUCAACAUUGCACAUGAUUACAAGGAAAGCUUACUAAGCAUGCAUUACGUUUAUUUUCUAUCCAAAAUUAUUUCUGUCAACUUUUUUAUAAAUGAAUACAGUCAUUCUAGCUCUAAAAUAAGGUAAUAAAACCUUACAAGAGGUGAUUGUGCAAUACCAUUAAGGAUUCUGCAUUUUCCUUUCGUGCGUCACAUGAUUCUCAUCAAAUUCUAGCAGACUUAAGAGACAAUUCUGAAAAAUGCCAUCAUGAUGUUUAGUUAUAUAGCAUGUUCAUAAUGCUCAAAUAAAUUAGUGUCAGGAUUGUAUCAUAGAUUGCAUUGUGUAUAUAUGUGUUUGUUUUAUGUGUUAUGGGGUUUUCUUCUGCUGCCCAGGGACAGUAGAUGAAAAUGAGCCAUUUGGCUAAAUCCGAAAUAUCAUAAAUCCUGAUGUCGAUGAAUAUGUAUUGUCCUUGUUAAAUAAAUUAAUUAAUAAAGUAAAAUUAAAUUUAAUAUCAGCACAUCUCCUUCCCUGAGCUAUUUGACUCAUGUGUCUCUUAUUGUUUUAACUGCCACGGUUCCACCUCUCUAUAGCUUUUGUUUACUGGUGUCUGAUGGGUGUGUGAGCUGGUUAUACAUUCCUGCAAUUACUUCCAGUGAACAUGCUCACAUUAUGACAAUUGCAAAUUUUCCAUUAAAUAUAUUUGUACAAUCUAGCUUUACAUUUAUUUUGAUACACCCAUGAUUAUUUCAUUAAUUCACCUUUAUCGUCUUUAUCAUCUAUCAAAUAUUAGUCUUUUAACAAGAUAGACAAAAUGCCAUUACGUAGAUGUGCACAUUCAACUCUAGAACUAUUGGCAACCUUC